AUGGUGGCUCUGUGUUGUACAAAAUGUCUCGUGGUUCAGUUAAAAGACGAGGGAGAGACUGAUUCUAAAGGUACGGUUUAUCAGCGUGGUGUUGAGGGGCAUAUGAUCGUGUAUCCACAGAGGCCUGGUAAUAUUGCUGAGAUGCUGCCCCCGAGUGUUGAAGAGAUUACUUCACCCUUGUGUGUAAUUUUCGUUGGUUCUAAGCUUCCGUCCAAGGAAUGGCUGCGAGAUAAAGCUAAGCCUCUUUGGGUGAAUGGUGGUCGUGUUCGUCGAGCAUUGAAUUGGUUGCGUGCUAAUAAUCCUUUGUAUAAAGACAUUCAUUUGAACGAGGAGGUAUUGGAACGAUUGGAUGAAGAUCCCGUAUUGCCUAUACACAUCCAGCAUAUUAUACCAACAAAAGCUACUUUGGAUUCGACGUCUCGAUAUGACAACCAGCAUCCUGAAGAAAAUGAAGCGCCCGAUACGCAAGCCAUUCCUGUAGACAAAGUCCCUUUUCAGAACGUCGUUAUUUCUGACAUGGAUGGUGACGCGUCGUAUGCUGACCUGAAACUUGCUGCGUGGAAUCACGUAAAGAAGAAUGGCCUCGGGUAUGUUCGUUUUCCGCAUGAUCCAGAUCCGAGUAACGAGUUCAACAAUCCGACUUUGCUCCCAAAGAUGUAUCCGACUUUAUUUCCAUAUUGUUACGGUUAUUCUUUUCCUUUUUCUUUUUUCUUUUCUUUUCUUUUCUUUUUCUUUAGUCAGCCGGAUUACGCGGUGCACGAUCAUCACGGACUGACUGCGCAGUAG